GUUACGUCAUCAACCUGCGACUGUUGGUGGUACACGAGGAUGUGUUGCUCGACAUUUAAGGGGGCCUUUUGGUGAUUAUUUGGAAAAAAAAUAUCUCAGACGAACACAGAUAUCAAUCCUUAGAGGGCAAGAAAAAAUCAGACAUGGCUGACUUUUCGUCUCUGGGUCUGUCGGACUGGCUCGUUAAACAGUGUAAACAGCUGGGCAUCAACAAGCCUACUCCUGUCCAGGAAAACUGCAUGCCAGCGAUACUAGAAGGUCGGGACUGUAUGGGCUGUGCGAAGACGGGAAGUGGGAAGACGGCAGCAUUUGUACUGCCAGUGCUGCAGAAACUGUCAGAGGACCCGUAUGGCAUCUUCUGCUUGGUUCUCACUCCCACAAGAGAGCUGGCCUAUCAGAUUGCAGAGCAGUUUCGAGUCCUAGGGAAACCUCUGGGUGUGAGAGAAUGCAUCAUCGUUGGAGGAAUGGACAUGGUGACUCAGGCCCUGGAGCUCUCCAACAAGCCUCAUGUGGUCGUAGCGACACCGGGUCGACUGGCUGAUCACAUCCGCAGCUCCAACACAUUCAGCAUGAGCAGGAUCAAGUUUCUAAUUCUUGAUGAAGCAGACCGUCUGUUGGAGCAGGGCUGCACCGACUUCACCAAAGAUCUGGAGACGAUACUCGGCAUCUUACCAGCUAAGCGUCAGACGCUUUUGUUCAGCGCCACACUCACCAACACGCUGCAGGAGCUGAAGAGCAUCGCCAUGAACAAACCUCACUUCUGGGAGAGCAAGUCAGAGACAAGAACAGUGGAGGAGCUGGACCAGAGGUUCAUCCUCACUCCAGAGAAGGUGAAGGAUGCCUACCUGGUCCAUCUGAUCCAGAAGUUUAAUGAUGAGCACAAUGAUUGGUCCAUCAUCAUUUUCACAAGCACCUGCAAGGAAUGUCAGAUCCUGACCAUGAUGCUGCGUGAAUUUAACUUUCCAACCAUUUCCCUGCACUCGAUGAUGAAACAGAAACAACGCUUUGCAAACCUCGCAAAAUUCAAGGCCAGCGUCUACAAAAUCCUGAUCGCAACUGACGUGGCUGCACGAGGUUUGGAUAUUCCAACCGUCCAGGUCGUCGUAAACCACAACACACCUGGCCUUCCCAAGACAUACAUCCACAGGGUCGGACGAACAGCCAGAGCAGGGAGGAACGGAGUGUCCAUCACACUGGUGACUCAGUACGACAUCCACCUGGUCCAAGCCAUAGAGGCACAGAUCCAGGCAAAGUUAGAGGAGUAUCCUGUGGUGGAGAAAGAAGUCCUGAAGAUCCUCACACAGGUCAACGUGACUCGACGAGAGUGUGAGAUAAAACUGGAGUCCACAGAUUUUGAUGAGAAAAAGGAGAUUAACAAGAGGAAACAGAUGAUCCUAGAGGGAAAGGAUCCAGACUUGGAGGCUAAGAGGAAGGCUGAGCUGGAGAAAAUCAGGAGUCAGAAAAAAAUCUUCAAACAAAAAAUCCAAGAGAGUAUUCAGAAACAGAAACAAGGACAGCUGAGGAAGAAACUGAUGAAGAGGAAACAGAUGAAAAAGAAAAAGGCGACACAGGCAGCACCGUAGUUAUAUUAACAAAUGUAAAUAUAUGUUUAAUUACUGUAAAAAUGUACUAUUUUAAUAUUUGUGAGCAUCUGCUAAUAAAUAGAAUUCAUACCAUAAAAAUA